CCCAUAUUUCCAUAUGCCAAUUAUUUAGAAGAAUUAUCGGAUUGUAACCUUCGUAACGGGAUUUCCCAAUGGCUGGGUAGCCAAUCGAUCGCUGUCGACUUGCGAAAAAAGGAUUCGGAAUCUUCGUUGAUCUUGGGAUCACUCUGGCAUAUGUUCAUGCGUCAGAGUCGGAAGUUAAAAACAAUAGAGAUUGACGACAAUCUCUGGAGUCCAAACUUUCCUCAAGGUCUUGAAAACAUCAUGAACGCGGAAUCAGCCUUGUCUCAUUCUCGCACAUUUCGAUGUAACAUUGAGUGUCCCUCAAACAAUAAUCACGAAAGCACAAUUCGUCUUUUACGAAUUCUCGCGUCUCUCUGUAGUCAUAUUCAAUGUAUGGAAAUUCUGAUAAUGGGAAAAGUUAACCUCGAAGUGAUCACCUUGAUAAUUGCCCUCAUCCGAUCCCAGGAUCGUCUAACGGAGUUCAAGUUGAAUUUUAGUAAUAGCUAUAUAUAUUCCGCGAGCAUAAUUGAGGCGUUGAAAUUGCAUAAAAAUUGGUUGACUUCAUUGACAUUCACCAGAUUCUCGUUCGAUGAUUUCGCGUUUAUAGGCUUGUUAUCUAACUUUACAAACUUAAGGUCCCUUCAUCUGUCCUGGUGUGAUGGGUUGACCUUGGAUAGUGGUGAGGGAUUAUCAUUGCCAUCCUUGCGUCACUUGGAAAAUCUAUAUCUUGGGUUAAAUGCUUG